AUGGCCGGUACCCGGGAUGCUCUGUGGGCCACUGGUCACGAUGAGUCCGUCGAGGUCAAUCAACGUGCUCUCAUCGACAAGGUUCUCGCGCGAUAUUCUGGAGAAUUUACAGUGUUCCGUGAAUUAUUGCAAAAUUCCGACGAUGCGCAAGCCACAGCGGUGGAAAUACACUUUCAGUCGAAGCACUUUCUAGACAAUCUAUCCAGCAUUUCCAAUCGCUCUUCCUCCGAUAUCCCAUUGCCGGACUUGUCGACAACUCUGGUGCAUCAAUGGACCUUCAAGAACAAUGGUAUUGUCUUCAGAGAUGAAGAUUGGAGCAGAUUGAAAAAGAUCGCUGAAGGCAACCCGGAUGAGGAGAAGAUUGGUGCUUUUGGAGUAGGCUUUUAUAGUCUGUUCUCUGUUACGGAAGAACCGUUUGUGACCUCCGGAGGCCAAUGGAUGGGUUUCUAUUGGAAGGACAAGAAAGAUCAACUGUUUGCUCGUCGUGGUACUCUCCCCAAUACGGAACAGAUCGGUCCGUGGACAACGUUUGACAUGGUAUUGAGAGAAGAUGCUACCAUUCCGCCAGCGUCUGAUUUUGCGCGGUUCCUGGCAUCUUCCAUCACCUUCAUGAAUUACCUUUCAGAAGUCAGCGUAUACAUGGAUGAUAAACGCCUUGUACAUUUAACAAAGAGUUCCGGUGCUGAUGAGCGAUUGGUGAUACCAAGAGGGCUGCAAACACGGAGUCAGAGGUCGAUCAUGCACGUCAAGAAUAUCAAGUCCACUCCACUACAUAUUAGUGCCCAAGUAAUGCAAUGGGUCUAUACAUCCUCUAGUGAUAAACCAUCUGCUACCAAAUCUGUUAAGCCACAGGCUCACGGCGGGUUUUUCUCAUCACUCUUUACAAAUUUCGUUGGGUCCGUACCGGCACCACCUGAGGAACCCAAGAAGGUUAUCGAUCCCCGUCAGAUCCGAGUGACCAGUGUAGCACUGUCCAUUUUCUCUGCCGAUGUAGAUGUUCGUUUAGACAAGAAAUUGUCCGCAGAGCUUCAUAGAUCCACAAAGAAGAACCCGCCUAGUAAGUUGAAGUAUGAGCUCAUCUAUACUGGAAAAGACGAAUACGACACCAGCAAGCAAUCUGACGCAGAGAACGAGAAAUCCAUCUUCCAAGGCUUGCGCGCUGAUCUCGAUGGUGCUUAUUUGAUUCAGGGUCACGCGACUGGUCAAACUACGGGACUUGGCGGUCAUAUGGCUGCUCGAUUCAUACCAACUGUUGAGCGAGAAUCAAUCGACUUGAUGGAUCGUGCCGUUGCUGUAUGGAACCAGGAAUUGUUGUUCGUCGGCGGGUUUCUUGCGCGAGUGGCCUAUGAGCUUGAACUCUCGACCAUUAGGAGCCUCUGGGAGGGCGCCUCGUCCCCAUCAUCUGAACCAGCCGAGAACGUUAAACAUCGGUUAACUCAGCAUUCCCUCCAUUUGCUGAAGUUUUUCACCUUCCAUCCUUCUACACCUUCCGGAGAAGUUGCUGGUCGUUUGGAGGAGGCAUUCUUUUCUUGCGCCAACAGCGUACCCUUCUCGAUCAUAACAACUGCUGGUAUCCGUGAGAUUGGUGAUGCUCGGAUGCCUGAUGCCGCCUUUUCCGGAUUCUUGACACAGCUUCCCGUUAUACCUACAAACGUUCUAGACGAGGCUAGGCCAAUGAUAACUUCUUUGCAAAACCGACAGCUUCUUAAAACUAUCACGUUCGAGGAUGUCCUUAAAGAGCUCCGGUCGCGUCCACUCUCAGAGGCAGAGACUAUUGCCUGUCUUAAAUGGUGGUCGGGUGUAAAACUCAAUGUCACCGAUAGGUCCUCGAUCCAAAAGCAGCUACUAGAUGCUGCCAUUAUGACCACCGGUUUGGCAGGUUCUGGUGCGGAGAGGAUUGUACCUCUGAAUAUUAUUCAGACGUUCGUUGAUCCCAAAUACAUCCCACCCGACGGUCCCCUACCAGAUCAUGUUCUCCCGUACAUUGUCAGCAGGCAGCUCUCGUCUUCUACCCUCAGGGCAUCCUUUCCAUGGACGGAACUCACUAUACGUCAAUGGAUACAACACAUCUGCGAUCAUAAAACUUGGUCUGUCCCUGAACAUGAUAUCACAACCUCAGCACCCUGGGCAGAGCACGUAUUGACUGUCCUUAGUCGUAGUUGGACUAUCAUUUCGCCUGAGAUGAAGGGAGAGAUCGUUGUGAUGAUGAAACCUCUGAAAUGUAUUCCCACUUCGAGCGGAAUGAGAAUUCCGGAAGAGGUCUAUUUUCCAAGCGCAAACAUAUUCCGCGAUCUUCCUGUGGUUCUUCUCCCUUCAGGCGCCACAAUUAGAGGAUCACUCGAGCGAGUGAUGGAAGGUCUUGGGGUCCGUAGGGAUGUGGAGUUACAAACUUUGUUCAACAAAAUGAUUAAAACAAAUGAAUGGACUGUCAACGACCUCAUGAAGCAUCUUGCAACACGUAAUCUCAACAAUGAAGAAAUUACUCGCUUACGGUUGACAGCUGUGUUUCCGAAGCAAGAAGCGUCAGAGAGUGUUCCUGGCGCGAAAUUGAAGAGAUAUGCUGCCAAGGAUCUGUAUGAACCUUUGGAAGUUUUUCGACAACUCAGUUUGCCUGUCCUAGACUGGGGGGCACAGAACAAGUGGCGUUCAUCAUCUCCCGAAGCGAAACUCGCAUUUACCCUCAAUUUACGUCAAUAUCCUCCUAUCGAUGUCCUUGUUAAUCUUUGCGCCAGUCCCGACGAAAAGAUUAGAGCCACCGCACUGAAGUAUCUUACUGACAAUGUGAAUACCAAAUACCAAGAUUUCGAUCCCAAGAGAUUUGAUCAGGUUGCAUUCAUUCCGGCCAUACGAGACUCCAAACUUUGCCUAGGAACCCCGGAAGAGGUUUUCGCCAAUCCUGACUGGGCCGCCUUUGGCUUCUUGGUGACACCACCGACACUAUCAAAGGAGAUAGUGGCAAAGUUGAAAAUCCCGCAGCAUCCUCCUUCACAGAUGAUAGUAUCAUUACUCGUCAAGAACGUUCCUCGAGAUGAAUCUCAGGCGAGGCAAUGGUUUGAAAUAUUGGCGGGGAGAAUAGCAGACUUCUCUAGUUUUCAGUUGACCACACUCUCAAAGACACCCAUGGUUCCAACUAAGGAAGGCGGCAGUGCAGCGGUAGCAUUUCGAUGGGUCCCACCUAACCAAUGCUACUUCCGUCGAAGCUCUGGUGAUGACCAUUACUCGAGGCUAUUUAUUUUCGUCGAUUUUGGACCUGCUGCAAAUGCGUUUUUGACUGCUUGUGGUACUCGCCAGGAGCCUAGCGUGGAUGAAAUCGCUCGUACUAUGUUACAAGAUCCAGGAAAGUUCUACGAUUACAUCGGGGAAUUGCGAAAGCUUGCCAUGGCUCAUCAACAGAUUUCUGGGGACACACAUCGUAAAAUGCGACGGGCAAAGAUCUUAUUGGGGCUGAAACGAAAGCCCAAGGGAAAGGCAAGCAUUGAUUAUGAUGACUUCGAUGAUGACGGGUGGGACACGCUUUAUGAUCUUAAAGCAGCUGAUGAAAUAGUCAUCACCGAUGACACCAAUGCCCAUCAGCUUUUCAGUGAGUCCUUGUUUACGGCACCACAAGAAGACAUACUUGAAGCUUUCUAUAUGUCCCUCGGGUCCCGACGCUUGAGCUCUGUCGUCGAAGUAUCGUAUAAGGCCUCUGCUGCGGUAUCCAACAGCAAAAUAGCAGCCGAGACGCGAAACCUGAUACUCGAGAGACUUCCCCUGUUCUUGCAUGAACACACCCACUCGAAGACCAAGUUCACGCUUACCUGGCUGACCUCGCCGGAACAUUUCGUGGUCCAAAUGUUUGGUAAAUUGUCGAUCACCAAGAAGCUUCGCUUUGGUGAUGCACCGUCCCGCUCACUUGACGCUUUGGCCUAUGCUGUAUACGAAAACAAUAGGAUCAUGCUAUUUCUCGCCGGAAAUGCCCAGGUCGAUAUGUAUUAUGAGGUCGCCACUUCCUUAAACCGGUUACUUUUCGAGUCCCCGAAGGCUAAUGAUGCGCUUCUCUUCAUGACCAUAUUAUCUACUCCUCUUCGUGAGUUGAAACGCAGAGGCUACAAUGUCGACCGCAUCCUUAGACAACAACAAGCAGAGAGGCAAGCUGCGCAAGAGGCCGCCAAGGCAAAAGUAGAGAAUAUAUCCUUGAUGUCGAAGCGAACAUCAACGCCCAGCCCUUCGCAUGGGAUUUCAGACUCUGCUCCUGUUCCUAAUGAAACAUCGUCGCAACAGCCGGUGUCCGAUGAAAUUUCGCUCCUGCGCUCAGCCAGUAGUAUGCGGAAUACGUUCCAGAAUUUGAGACGCAAGAUCAGUCCAAGGCCGAACACGAUCACUCCUUAUCCACCCGUCACUGAGGUGAAACCGACGGGAAAUCAUGUUACAGAUGCUGGACCUCCACCUAUACCUGACGAGACUCGCCCGAUUCAUCCACCUACAGGCAAGCCAGGUGCGUCGAACAUCGAUAUGGCAAUCAAUGCAUGUAGACCCGAGAAGAAUCACCUGCUCCAGAAUCGAGAACAGAUGCGGAUCGUCAAAGAAUCGCUGAACGAAGGGUAUUGUGAUCUUUCCGGUCAUUCGGGGACAUUGAAACUUGUCGCGUCUAUGGAGAAUGUCAAGAUAUAUCUUCCACAAAGUACAGACACAGCCCGUAUUGAGGAGUUUCUUUCCACAAGACACGACUCAGUCGCGAGGUUCGUCCAUGUGAUGAAUGUCCUUGCGGCAGUCUAUAAGCUUCCUAUGGAAAAUCUACACAUCUUCAGCGAAGACGAAGGCACUACUGUUGCGUUCAACCGCAAUGGUAGCAUUUUCUUGAAUUUGCGAUAUUAUAUCGCUUGGCAUGAUGAACAGGUAAGAAAGGGUGAUAUGAACCCCGCAAUUAUUUCCUGGUACUUUACUCUCGCGCAUGAAAUCGCGCACAACCUGGUACAACCUCAUAAUUCAGAGCACGAGUUUUAUCUUUCAGCAAUUUGUGAGAGACAUCUAUUGGAGCUUGGAAACAUCGUAUUUAAAGCAUAGAUAUUAUUGAUGGACAGCUGUAGAAAAUUAUGUACGGAUGCAAUUUACUGUAGUCUUAGAGCACCCUUAGCACCGCGUCAUUUAGUUGCCCCUGAACCCACGUGAGUCCUAUUUCGCCGGA